UCCGCCGAAACUGUUAACAUCCGCACGCGUGCACGUACGAGCGCGCGCGUUCGCUUCGGCGUCGGGUUCGAAGAGAUGAUUGGAGAAGAGGGGGGUCUGUGAACUGCUGAAGCGAUGGAGAGAUGCUCCAUCUCUCCUGUCACCCGUUUGGCCGCCCUCUGUUGUCUCCUGGUUGCAUCGGCAACUCGCCACGCAUCAUGUGACGGGGGUGCGAGGAAAGAAGGGAGACGAGAGGGGGAAAGGGAGCCAACGGAGGAGAUGCAGAUAGGCACGUUCCCACCUCAGCUGUCUGUCACCACCCAGGCCACGCCUACGCCGCUCUGGGCGGUGGUCUGGGGACCGACCCACCCCAUCGAAGACGAGACGCCCCAUUUCCCAUCCGCCUAUGAGAUGAGCAGCCGUCACCCCCUGACCGAAGGUUGGGAGCAUCGUCAGGGCCCGCCGACGACUCAAACGCAGCAGCUCCUGCAGGCUGAAAGAGAGGAGGACGGAUGGGUGGAAGGAGGCACGGAGACGGACAGAGAGGUGGAGGAAGUUGAUCCACAGUUCUACGUUACUGUGACCAUCUCCUCUCUCUUGAUUCUGACAGCUGUCAUUAUAACCGCCAAACUCUGCUAUGACCGCAGUUGCUCCCGGCACCCGCCCCCCCUCUCCCGUGGCACGGCCCCCCCGCUCUCCCUCUCCAUCCCCAGGUCCCUCACCCCGGAGGAGGGCAGGCGGACACUGCACGGGCUCCCUUCCUUCACCGACAGGGAGAGAAUUCCUGUGGUGAACCUCUAAUGCGACUGUUGAUCAUAUUUCUACCGGGGAUGAAUUUGAGAUGUCGAAGGUGUAACUAUUUUUUAACCGUCGAACACCGAGCUCCGAUAUUUAGCCAUUUAUAACCCAUCAUAAGGAUGUGUAGGAGUAGAGAUGCAAGCUGUCAUCCUCCUGCUGCUGACCUUGGCGUGCGUGUAUCACACCUGUCUUCUACGGCUCUGUAGUGCAGUGUCUUGUACUGUUAGAAAUACGCUGUUUUAUUCUGCAGUUUAGAUUGUUGCAGCUACAACAAAUUCAGCUCGAGCUCCAGACUGCGCAGGGCUAACCAGUGACUCCACCAGGGAGAAGCCAUUAACCUCUCAUAAUCUAUUAUUCAGCACAGCUUCCACAAGCUGUAGGGGGAUAAGGUCGACACUGUAGCACAAUGGAAAUCUACCCAGAAGUAACCGCAGAAAUCAGAUAAUCCGCAAGUAAACGGUUACGCAUAACCGCCCGUAGACCACUUUCAGUGCACGUAGUGCUGUUCGGUGUCGAGUUCAACCUGUCUCAUAAAUGUCAUGUGAAUUCAGCAACUGUGUGGUACAGUGACUCCCUAAAAGACAAUAAA